AUGAAAAAGAAAAUCAAUAAUUUAUCUCAAAAAAACGCUGGGGAAUCACUAUUUUAUGAAGCAAAAGAAAGGCAUUGAAAUAUGGAAAAGGCUAAGCUAGAAGUAUUUCUUAAAGACCAAGAAAAAAUACUAUAUGAGCCUACAUUAAAAGUUAAGCAAAACGAAGAAAAAACAGAAAUUAUUUUAAAAGAAAAAACAAAUCUUGAAGAUACAUUAGAAAAAUAUAGGAAAAAAAUCGAAAAUUGCAAAUUAAUGAUACACAAGCUACAAUUUGAGCUUGGGAAUGUAAAAGAUUUGCUAUCUGAAAAAGAAAAAAAUGCCAAAGAAUUCGAUAAUUUAUUGAUGGAGGAACAAUCCAAAGUCAAAAAAUAUUUUGAUGAAAAUUUAUCUUUAAAAGUAGAAUUAGAGGCAGAAAAAAAUAAAAAUUCCGAAUUAAAUGAAAAUUAUUCAAUUCAGACAGAAGGCUUAAACGACCUGAAAAAAAAAUUUGAUGCAAUAAACUCAGAGCUUUCACAAGCCAAUUUAGAAUUAAUUGGGCCUGAUAAAGAUACGUCACAGACUGACUUAGAAAUUAUGGUGCCACUAUCUGAUCCAGUUUUCGACAAGCUGAAAGCUACAGCUGGAUCUUUAUUUAGACCAAAACAUAAUUUAUUAUCAAGGUCAUUCAGCAGAGAAAGCAAUCAAGCCAACUUAUUAAAUUUUAAAUACAUUAGGCCAACUUUUGCACAAAUUCUUGAUGCGCCAGAUUUAGAAAGGGCAAAAUACAGCCCGCCCUUUAAAAAUUGGGUAAAUGUGGUGAUCAGAGGAAUUUAUGACUCAAAAUUUUUUGAGCAUUUAAUAUGUGCCUCAUCACCUUUAAGGGCUCCUUCAAGGUUCCUUGACUUUGUGCUAGCUUGGCUCGGUCAAUUUACAAUUGACGAAAAUUCAAGGGUUGUAAAAGAGCUUGAAUGGUGAAAGCGAGAUGCAACUGACGAGAUCAAAUUUCAGUUUUUAUUAGGAAUUUCUCAAGAAAACUCAAAGAAAUUGUGGGAAAUAAACACUUUUAAAGAAUUUUUAAACGAAGAUCUUAUGCUGGAUGAGUUAGGAUUUUUUUUGCAUUGUAGAUAUUUGUUGUUUAGAGGUCCAGAGCUAAAUUAUCCUCAAGCCAAGACUGCAGUGGCUCACUUUGUUCAAUACAGCCGAGUUUUAGAAAUAAUUGAAAAAGUCAUGACUGAGAUUCCAAAAGAAAAUUUAGAAGACUUAGUAGCAAUUCUUUAUGAUAAAUCCAAAACCAAAGGAGGAAUAAGGAUCUUAGAAUGCUCUCUCGUAUUGAGAAUUAUGCUAGAAUACUAUAAAAACGAGAAGCAGAUGAAAUACAGAUCAGUUGUAGAAUUAUUUGAAAAAUCUCCAGCCCAAGAAGAUUCUUAUGCUAUUUCAUAUUGAUGGCGAAGCCACCAAAGACUUCCUGUACGGAAGGCUCUACCGUUUUCGACUCCAGCCAGAGGGUCUAUGUCACUUCCGGUACCUUCUGUCUCCUCCUUGCCUUUUGCUUCAGUCUUGUGGGCGGAGAAGAUUCUUAUAUAAGUUUCAAUAUUUUCCAAUCAAUAUGUAAAAAUAUUUCUGCCAAUAUUUCAGAUUACACUAUCAUUAAAUUAUAUAGAGAUUGUUGAAGCAUUUCUAAUGGAAAAAUCACAGCAGAUACCUUCUUUUUAGUUGCCAAUGAAAGUAGCCUACUAUAUGAUUUGCUUUCUAUUAAAGGUGACUGAAGCUGCCCUCCUCUCACUUCUAAUCAUGAAAUCGAUACAAAAUCAGGAAAAUACGCUGAAAGAAUGAAUAAAAUUUACCAACUUCAUGUAGCUGAUGAAGAAAACAUUGAGCUUAUAAAGCACACAAUUCACAGUAUGGGUAUAUCAGAGCUUAGCUAUAAAUACCGCAAACUGGAGUCCUUAAUUCUGCAUAAAUAUGAAGUUCCAAUUGAAGAGUACUGAAUAUGAAAUUUAGAAGAUAUUCAUAAUAGACUAUGGAGCUUAGUAAUUCAAAGCCAGCAUGCGUUUUUAGAAUUCCAUGCUCAUGAUAUUCGAUAUUUAGGAUACAAACAUAUAAUAGAAGCUAAAGAAAAUGAAAGACAUAAAGACAUUUCAGAAAUUUGUAAUAAGUUUAUUGAGAUUAUCAGACAUAUGCAAAGCAAAAAACCAUCUGGUCAUAAAAGUAGUGCUGCUAAUAUAAAUAUCAGAAAAACAGCUAUAAGAUUUGUAGGGAUUUUUUCUACAGUCGCAAAGUGUAUUAUCAAAUUAAAACGAUUAAAAAAGAAUAAAAAUUAA